AUUUUUUAUGACAGAUAACAGAAAUUAAAAUAAAAUUUGAUAGAAUAUUGAUUGAACUACGAUGGAAGAGAAAAAUUUGGCAUCGUAACUGAAGAGGGCAAGAAGAUGAUAAAAUAGAAAUUUCACAACAUUUUGGGGGGUUUUGGGGAGUACUGACUUUUCGAUGUAUAUUUGUAUUGUCAUAGCAACGCUUCUGAAUAUAUAUGAAGUGACAGCUGUUGACAAUAAUUUUUAUGAGGAAUAUGAAUUUUUUCCGGGUGGAAAUGAAAGCUCUCAUGAAUUCUGGCGAGAAUUUUAUGGAAAUAAAUAUCAUUAUUUCUCGAGGAAAGACAGACUUAAUCUCAAAAAUGAAGCCAAGAAGAUGUUUUAUUAUGGAUAUGAUAACUACAUGAAAUAUGCUUUUCCACAAGAUGAGUUGAAUCCCAUCUCAUGUUCUGGUCGUGGUCCUGAUAUUGAGAAUCCAUCCAAUAUCAAUAUAAACGACGUUCUUGGAAACUUUUCACUGACGUUGGUGGAUUCUCUGGAUACAUUAGCUAUACUUGGUAAUGUCACAGAGUUCAAGAAUGCUGUUCAGCUUGUUCUAGAAACGGUUUCGUUCGACAGAAAUUCAACUGUGCAAGUGUUCGAGACAAAUAUCAGGGUCCUCGGUUCUCUCUUAUCUGCUCAUCUCAUAAUCAAUGACCCAGAACAACCUUUUGGUGACCUCCGACCUGUGGAUUAUGACAACGAACUUCUCUCACUUGCCCACGAUCUCGCAGUACGAUUGAUGACAGCGUUUGAAAAUACGCCGAAUGGAAUUCCGUAUCCGAGGGUUAACUUACAAUAUGGAGUACCCAAGAAUACAUUGACUGAUACAGCAACUGCUGGUGCUGGAAGUCUUCUCCUUGAAUUUGGAAUGCUGAGCAGGUUGAUCGGAGAUCCAACUUUUGAGAAUUCUGCAAGGAGAGCUGUCCGAGAGAUUUGGAAAAGAAGACAUGGAACAACUGGACUGCUUGGUCUUGCAAUUGAUGUGAACACAGGAAAAUGGACGAGCAGACUCAGCGGUGUGGGAGCUGGAAUAGAUUCUUAUUUUGAAUAUUUAUUAAAGGCUCACAUAUUAUUUGGGGAUGAAGAAGAUCUCCAUAUGUUCACAGAAGCUAUGCAAAAUGUUAAGAAUUUUUUAAGAAGGGGGCGAGAGCAUUGCAACAGUGGUUAUGGCGACCCUCCUAUCUAUGUCAACGUAGAUAUCACCAAUGGAUAUAUGCUGAAUACAUGGGUCGAUUCAUUGCAAGCAUUUCUACCUGGAUUAUUGGUGCUGAGUGGAGACAUAGAAGAAGCCAUAUGUUGUCAUGCUUUAUAUUAUGCAAUAUGGAAACGCUAUGAUGCGCUACCAGAGAGAUUCAAUUGGAAACUAAAAAUGCCUGACGUUCGUUUUUAUCCUUUGAGACCAGAACUCGUGGAAAGCACUUAUUUAUUAUAUCAAGCGACCAAAAAUCCUUUUUAUCUUCAUGUCGGUCAAGAAAUUCUGCAAUCUAUAAAUCGUCACGCUCGAACGCAUUGCGGAUAUGCAUCACUUCACAAUGUUCUGGAUAAAUCACAAGAAGACAGAAUGGAAUCUUUUUUUCUUAGUGAAACUUGUAAAUAUUUAUAUCUGCUUUUUGAUGUCGAAAACCCAGUAAACAACAAACAACUAAGCUGGAUUUUCACAACGGAAGGACAUUUGUUACCGGUUGGAGAAAUAUCUAGAUUUAAACCUUGGGAAGAGGAUUUUGAUUACGAAAAAGAUGAAAAAUUAAACUUUAGUCUUCCUGCUUCUCGGAAUUGCAGUGCCAUUCCUCUCGAGCGUACUUUUGGUCUACCUCUAAGAAGUCAUUACCUUCACCAAGUCCAUGAACUAGUGGGCGCUAUUACAUGACACAACGCGGAGACAAACGGACAAAGUGUGUGUGGAGAGAAUCAUUCGGAUUACAUAUCAUUAUAUCGCGCAGGAGAUUUAUCAUUUGCUGGAGAAUUUAAAGUCAAAUUUGAACACGAGGAUUCUACUUAUACUGGGAUUCAGUCUGUUGUACCUUAUAUUAUCAUGAGCAUAGCAUUCUUUCAAGUGUUAGCUGGCUUUUUUAGGCUUGUCCAGGACAUUAGGGACUGGCGAUAAAUAUAGACUGGUGGUAGAACAGAAAACAGGUGAAUUAGAAAGAAUAAUAAUAUGAAAUCAUGGACCUAUCGAGGCUCUUAUUGAGGCUCUGAUGUCUCGUGCUAUUUACAGAUCUAGACAGACAAAAAUGUCAUGUAUUUUCAACCUUGGUUCAAACUCUAGUAAAAUAAACAAAUAUAACAAAAUUCUGACAAAAAAAGCUCAGUGGUUUGCCUUUUAAUACUUUAAGCUUAAAUCGGUAUCUAACUUAAAUAAACAAUAAACGUAUGACUCCUAAUACAAGUGAAAUCUUUUAAUCUGAUCUCACAUGUCUGCAAGGUACAUUGGGUGGCCAUAUUUUUUACAUUUCUUGCUUAAAUUCUUUGUUGUGCAUGAACAAACAGAAAUUUUAAACGGAGCUUUUCAUUCCUUUUUCAGUGCAAAUAUUCGAAACUAAAUUUCUGAAAAAACAUUUUAAAUGACAGGAUAAAAUCAUUUCAGGAAUGCAUUU